AUGGGUCCAUCCCAUAAGGCUCGUUCGAUGGCCGAGUGGCGGAAAGACUUUCGCCUCUUCGUUGCCGGAAAACUCUCAUUUGGUUCGGGAACUGGUCGGCGGACGCCUAAGGCCGACACGGAAGCUGGCCGGCUAUUCAGGACAAUAUUGUCUUGCCCCGCUCAGGCCAGUGGUCCUUUUACUAGGAAGAAAAGGGCUUGUAAAUGCGGGUUUCAUCCUUCCUCCACUUUUGAUAUUAACAAGGAUAAUAACGAUGCUGUUAAUGAUGAUGCUAAUAAUAAAUAUAAUGCCGCUACUGCUACUACUAAGGACACUACCAGUUCUACUCACCCUGCUUCUACUGCUGGGGAGAGUAUUGAUGCUGUGGGUCUCGUGGCCGCUGGUACUACUGGGGGUUCAAGCGUUCCAUUGGGAUGGGUGAAGCGAAUGGGUCGCGACCAGGCGAAUUGGUGCUACAAAUUUAAAAAAGGGUGUCAACUGGUUGAGCACCCACUACCUCCUUUCAAAUACGUCCUGCCGGGGCAACGAGCAAUUGUAUCCCCCCGGAAACCACAACUACUGGCGUUUACAGGCAUUAAGUGUUUCUUCUGGUCGCCGAAGUCUACAUUCUCAUUCGAUUUCCGGUGCCCUGAGUGUGGUCGUACCCUACAAUCUAAGGGACUUCAUCAAGCUCCGAAGUCCGUGGAGACCUCACGGCCCGGAUCUGCCCUAACCUUUGCCGGCCUUACCAGACAAGUGGAGACAUUCCAGAGAGCGGCCUACGACGAUAGGGAAUCGGCCUAUCUUUCGGCUUGCCGAAGACACCAAUGUCUGUCUGGUGAAGUAGAACCUAACUACUGUCCCUAUCCUGUCAUGGAGCCUUCACGGUCUGCAUUUUUCUGGAAAGCUCUAUUUGCCAAGUACGCUUACGACCACUGGGGCGAGCUCGCCUCACAGAUGGCGUCCAUAGGAGGGCAUGUAUUGAAGAUGGACUCUUCCAAAAAGGUGGCUCGACAAAUAAAAGAGCCGUGUACCUGGCUUACGACCAUCAGUAAUGAGGACGGUGAAGUCGUCAAAUCCAUCUUGGCGGUGGAUGAAUCCGAGAGGGAAUUGCGGAGGAUGGCCGAUGACCUCACGGCCAGAUAUGAAGCCAACUCAUGGGAACGGCCUAAGGUUCUCUACGUGGACCGAGACUGCUGCGAGGUUUCUGCACAGUUGCUAGCGAUGGUACCUGGGUCGGAUAUACAGAAGUUUGUACGCCGUCGGAUCCGUCCAGCGCCUGACAUCGACCGGCUAAUUAGUAACUUACUAUUACAAUUCUCCGAUCCUCUAGUCACCGACGGGUUCGGCACUCCCUUGCUGCGUGAGGAUGCGCACCGGUAUUAUCGGGAGGAACUGAGCAAACACUGUAAAUGCUUGCAAGACUCCGAAAACGUACCGUUGUAUCGACCCAUUGGUACAGUGACUCGUCAUGGCGUGGAGCUCGUGGCCUACCGUUGGUCGAGGGGCACUAGCAGCUUCGAGUCUUUCCACCAACAUGUGAAGACCUUCGCCAGUGGCACGCGAAUCAGUGCAAUCCUGGCUAACGGCCUCUUAGCAAUGGGCAUCUGUCAGUGGAACAUCCGUAGGCGCUGCGAGAAGCUAGGGGCUCGCCAUCCUGAUUCCAUAAGCCCCUUGGACAUAACUCGAUAUGUGGACAGGCAGCAGACUCGGGCUAAGGUUGGCUUGACCCAUGCUGAUGAUGAAAAUGAAGCUCUACUCUCGGCACUGGCUGAGCUCCGAGGGGACCCUUGCAACGAGCUGUUCCUUUGUGACUAUCUCCUCAAAGAUCACGACCUCGAGCAUAUUGAGAAGGCCCUUGAAGAGGAAGAAGAGGAGCCUCUUGACGAGUCUCUUGACGACUCAACACUCUCCGAGGGGGUUGUUGAUGAAGACCUAAAUGAUGAGAGGCUGCGCUCGUCAGACAUCGAGUCCGAUGACACGCACGAGCCAGAGCGAGCUGAGGACGACAACGAGGUUUACAGAGACAGAUUUGGCAUCAGUGGCUUUGAUAAAGUUGUGAAUCUGGCGAAAUACUUAGUCGACCUACCGAUGGACAGCGCCGUUCUAUCAGACACGCAAGCCACUCGUAUCAUUGACCUAUGGGCUAAGCUGGAGCCUUACGACAGGGCGGCUCCUUCGAUAGUGCGAGCAUCACGGAAAAAAGGAAACUUAAAGUCAUCUGGCCGUUAUCAUAGAGCAGGAGUCUCACUGACAAGGGUUGCUCAUAUGUCGGGUAAGCUAUCGUGA